CCUUUUAUGGCUCGAGCCGGGCAUCUAACCGGGAGAUAAAAACCACGCGCCCACCGACUACCGGUUCACUUUGAGGCGCCGUCACACGCAGUUCGUGCGGGAUUAUAUCAUUUACCCUUGAAACACCCCCCUCCCAAAACCAAAAGUUCAAAAUGGAAGAUGAAAUCGCCGCACUGGUUGUUGACAACGGAUCCGGUAUGUGCAAAGCCGGAUUCGCCGGAGAUGACGCGCCUCGGGCUGUCUUCCCCUCCAUCGUCGGGCGUCCCAGGCAUCAGGGAGUGAUGGUUGGGAUGGGCCAGAAAGACAGCUACGUGGGAGACGAGGCUCAGAGCAAGAGGGGCAUCCUGACCCUGAAGUACCCCAUUGAGCAUGGCAUCGUCACCAACUGGGACGACAUGGAGAAGAUCUGGCAUCACACCUUCUACAACGAGCUGAGGGUGGCUCCAGAGGAGCACCCCGUCCUGCUCACAGAGGCCCCCCUCAACCCCAAAGCCAACAGGGAGAAGAUGACCCAGAUCAUGUUUGAGACCUUCAACACCCCUGCCAUGUACGUGGCCAUCCAGGCCGUGUUGUCCCUGUACGCCUCUGGCCGUACCACCGGUAUCGUCAUGGACUCCGGUGACGGCGUGACCCACACAGUACCCAUCUACGAGGGCUACGCUCUGCCCCACGCCAUCCUGCGUCUGGAUCUGGCCGGCCGCGACCUCACAGACUACCUGAUGAAGAUCCUGACGGAGCGCGGUUACAGCUUCACCACCACGGCCGAGAGGGAAAUCGUACGAGACAUCAAGGAGAAGCUGUGCUACGUGGCGCUGGACUUUGAGCAGGAGAUGGGCACCGCUGCCUCCUCUUCCUCUCUGGAGAAGAGCUACGAGCUGCCUGACGGACAGGUCAUCACCAUCGGCAACGAGAGGUUCCGCUGCCCAGAGGCCCUCUUCCAGCCCUCCUUCCUCGGUAUGGAGUCUUGCGGUAUCCACGAGACCACCUACAACUCCAUCAUGAAGUGUGACGUGGACAUCCGUAAGGACCUGUACGCCAACACAGUGCUGUCCGGAGGAACCACCAUGUACCCCGGCAUCGCUGACAGGAUGCAGAAGGAGAUCACCUCUCUGGCCCCCUCCACCAUGAAGAUCAAGAUCAUCGCCCCCCCAGAGCGUAAAUACUCCGUCUGGAUCGGAGGCUCCAUCUUGGCUUCUCUCUCCACCUUCCAACAGAUGUGGAUCAGCAAGCAGGAGUACGACGAGUCUGGUCCCUCCAUCGUCCACCGUAAAUGCUUCUAAACAGACUGUACCCAUCCCAAACGACCGACCCAGCCACACCCGACUACCACUUCAGCUCUGCCACCAGACACACCACCCAGAGGGAGAGAGAGGGGGGCCUGUGGAGUGAGCCCAAACCCAGCUUCUCAGUCUCAUUGGCAUGGCUUCUGUUAUUUUGGCGCUUUUUUUGACUCAGGAUCUGUGAAAAACAAAAAAAAUAAACACAACUGGAACGGUGAAACAGCGGAUUAAAGAUUUUUAAGAGUUAAAAAAA